AUGACGCCACUACGAAGUGUAAAGAGGAAGAAAGGUCAAAGGGUCUAUGUGUUGGUACCACUGCCUCCUCCUGAGCUUAGGAGGGCUAUCAAGAAACGAAAACUGGAGGAUCACGGCAUAGUCUCUGGCUCAGAGGAAGAGGAAGAGUCCAAAUACAAUGAUUUCGAGCGAGCCCUCAUCGCGGACUGCAGAGUCCGAAUGGUUGAGAGACCCUGCCAAUGGAAUGGAUGUGAUGCUCUGAUGAACAGCGGCGAGAACCUCUAUUUGCAUCUCAAAUCGCACGCGCAAGAGAUCAACUCUCAGGGACCAUAUACAUGCCGCUGGCAGUCGUGUCCUCGGAGAUUCAAGUCGGCACCGGCUUUGGAGAAACACCUCCAGAAACAUUCGUACUUCCCUCUGCCAUGUCCUCUUGCAAAUUGUUCAGAUGUUUUCGAUAAACCAGUUGAGGCGAUGGAACAUGAAGUGCGCCACCAGCAACGAGAAUCAAUCAAGAAGUUGGAGAUGAAACAGCCCCCGAAACCUCACGUGCCAAAAAUACCUCCCAGGCUAGAUCCUCCUCCCAACAGUCUACCAUCGUAUCGUGUGGAACCGAGAUACAUUCGCCAAGCUCACAUCCCACCUCAACGCCACGCCGUGAUUGGGCCAUGGGUACUUCAACACAUAUUUAGCCCUGUCGAACAAAACCUGAGAAAGCAGAACGCGCCCAUGCGACUCCGGUAUCCGCGCCCGGACGCUCGCCCAGAAAACCUAGAUAACUUGAGGGCAAGACCGGAUGAAUAUGACUUCUUGGCAUCACUGUCGACAUCGCCAGCGCGAACGAUCCGAUUUGAAGAUCUUGAUUCCGGGGGUGUGUCACUGGCACUGCUUGACGGGCUCAUGCUGUGGGAUACAGAUUCAAAUAGUCAUGCAGACAAAUCGAAUCCCGAAGGGGAGGCCUUUGAUCCGAUAAAAGACACGGUGAUCAAUGUGCCAGAGGGAAGUGCAUCCAGUUCUGUAGCCAUGGAAGGAUCUGGCGAUUUGCCAAUGGGCGAGACGCCAACAAACACGAUGGACGGGAUGGAUGGUAGUCACUGGACUACGGAGGGCGCCGUGGGGGAAGAAGAGGCUGUGGUAAUGAUGUUAUGGGAUUGA